GCUGCAAUCUCCGUGCGCCGCAACAGUUUGGAAGAACGUCGGAGAAGCUUGGAAGAAACGCGAUACACAAGCUUGUGCCGUACCCUUGACGGUACCAUGCCACCCCAGAAAACUUCCGCACCAUUGGAGAUUGUUACUCACUUUUCUGGAGAAGCCUUGCGCUCAAAGACAGCCGGCGUCUCCGACGCUAAAGUCCGCUCUGCCAUGAAGGUCCAUCGCGGCUUGAUGCCAUGUGCUGAAGAUCAGGAAAUCGACUUCAACGAUUACUGGCGUUUUUUCCGGCGACACAUGUACGCACUUCUUGUCAAACGCAUGCUGUACCUUAAGCGCGAUAAAAAGGCAUGGGUGUAUCAAUUCGUUUUACCCGCUCUUUUCGUGUUGGUCGGCUGCCUGCUGAUGAGAGCUGGAGUCAACAGUAUCUUUGCCGAGAAAAUGCCUCCCCUGACUCUCAGUCUUGAUGCGUACAAUCCGGGCAUCCAAAUAAACCGCAACCCGCUGCCCUACAAUGCGGAGGGUGAAUCGUUCAUAUUUACGAUGUGGGAGGGAAAUCAACAGAUGGAAAAUCCGAAUGUCGUGGGACAGGACGUGAUCAUGGCUGGCAUUCCUUCAGGUUCGACCUUGCCGACGUACAGUAUUGCGGCCAACUCGGUUCAAAACAUGAGCUCUGGCCUUCUGGACACGCGAAGGGACUGGAAAGCUUCCCGGUACGGCGCGUUGACUUUCGCCGUAGUAGACGACUUGGAGGAGUUCAAUUACAAUGUACACGCGAACUACACAGGCGCUCAUUCGUCGGCCAUAUUUGCAAACUUGAUCAACGACGCACUGCUGCAGCAGUACGCUCCUGGCUCGAGCAUCAAAACGACAAUCAAGCCAUUGGGAGUCACACGGAAUGAGAUCAGCACUGCAGCCUCUUUUGACGGAUUUACCAUCGUGAUAAUGAUGAUGUUGGCAUUCGCGUUCAUUCCGGCAGCAUUUGCUGUCUUUGUUGUGCGUGAGCGUGAGACGAAAGCAAAGCAUCUACAGCUAGUAUCGGGGGUAUCGUUCUUGUCGUACUGGCUUUCUACGUGGCUGUUUGACUUCGCAAGCUAUCAGGUGCCGCUUUGGAUGACAAUCGUGAUCCUCAAGCUGUUCGAUGCUCGGGCGUUAAUGAACGGAAAGGCUUUCGGAGCUACGGUCCUAUUGAUGGAAUUGUUUGGAACAUCGGUCACAGGAUUCACAUAUUUAACGACGUUUUCUUUCAGGAGACAUUCAAGAAUUCAGGUUGCGACAAUAAUGUUGAACUUCAUGUGCGGCGUUGUUCUUGUGACCUUGACGGUGAUGAUGACCUUCAUUCCAAUCACCCGCGAUGUGGCUUUGAAAUUGGUGUAUCUUUUCAGGCUCGCUCCGCCAUUCGCUGCAGGAAAUGGGCUCUUGAAUGUCGUCUUCACGGACUUCUUUUCGUCGCUGGAUCAGAAACAAUACACACCAUACUCGUUGAACAUCGCCGGGUACUCUAUGAUCUACAUGAGUGUGGAGACUGUAGUAUAUUUCGUCCUGGUCUUGUGGGUCGAGUACUUGAUCCGUCGUCCUACCGUAUCGAAGCUUUUAGAGGGCGGCUCUUCGUCGAUGGCUGCGAAGGACUGCUCUGGAAAAGACGAAGCCGUGCUGGAGGAGGAGAAUCGCGUGCGUCGCGAGGCAACGAUAGACACAAUGAAAGCGGGAGGGGAUGUCGUGGUGAUCAAGGACAUGACCAAGACGUAUCGUGGCGGGAAACUAGCUGUGAGGGGCAUGUCUCUUGGCAUCCCUAAUGGGGAGUGCUUCGGUCUGCUUGGUGUGAACGGUGCAGGCAAAACGACCACGCUGAGCAUUCUGACGGCUGAGUUCCCGCCGUCGUCAGGGCAGGUGUGGCUUGGCGGGUACGACAUCGCUGACAACCCGGAAGUGGUUCGCCGCCUGGUAGGGUACUGUCCUCAGUUCGACGCUCUUUUCGAUCUGCUGACUGGUCAGGAGCAUUUGGAGCUGUACGCCCGUGUGAAGGGGUUGAGCGAGGCGCAAGUGAAGACGGUGGUAGCGCGGAAAGUAAUGGAGAUGGACUUGGUGGAAUUUGCGAACCGGAACGCUACGACUUACUCGGGAGGCAACAGGCGCAAGCUGAGCGUGGCCAUGGCUAUGAUCGGCUCUCCUCAGAUCGUGAUUCUGGAUGAGCCUAGCUCUGGAAUGGACGCUGUGGCUCGUCGCUUCAUGUGGAAGGUCAUCAGCGACAUCACGACAAAGCGGGGCGAAUGCUGUGUGAUCCUCACGACACACAGCAUGGAGGAAUGUGAGGCGCUGUGCACACGCAUCGGCAUAAUGGUGGGAGGCCGCUUCCGGUGCAUGGGGUCUGCGCAGCAUCUCAAGUCGCGAUACGGGAUGGGCUACCAGCUAGAAAUCUCCGUCGCAUUGCCACGUGGGGAGAUUGUACCGGCCAGUGACGACGAGGACAGUGGGGACGAGACAGAGGGCAAACGAAUGGUCCUGCCGGCGGACGACACCUUUUUGGCUCGCCUCGAAGGCGCGGCGGCACGUCUCUCAACGGAGCGCUUCACUAUGCCGCAGCUAGAGAUAGCUCUAGCAGCUAUCGACAAGGCAGCGUGGCUUGAGGUUAUCUCACCGACGGGCACUGGAGCAGAUGUAUGGCAAACGGUGACGGCUUCAGGUAGUAUAGGUGUGCGGGAGUUUGCUGGUUGGUGCUCGUUGGAGGACCGUAUGGAGAGUAUUUUGAGGUUUAUAAUGGACAACUACCCCGAUGCCGUCCUGCGAGAGCGCCAAGGCACCAAGGUUCGCUUCGAGAUUCCGUCCAAGGACACAAAUACAGGGGCGGCUCGCAAGCUCUCUGAGAUGUUCGGCUUGAUCGAAGAUAACAAAGGGAGAUUGCAUGUAGAGGACUAUUCGGUAUGUCAAACGUCCUUGGAGCAGAUCUUCAAUUUCUUUGCCGGGCAACAGGAGGAAGAGAAGUGCCUUGCAGGAGAAAGAGAGAAGGAGAAGCUGCAAAUGGGUGGUGAUGUGUGUGAUCUGGUCACCGAUGAGGAUAAAGAAAGUGUGGGAAGUCUUUCCAUGCUCGCGGAAACGUGCGGAAGGUCGACAAUCAUCUCUUCCGGUGCUGUUAUUUAGAAGGUUUGAAGGAUUCCUGAGAAAUUUGUAUUCUAGGAAAGCAAUAUCUGAUUCCCGGCCAUUGAGGUCCAUUAUUGACAUAUAGGAAAGGCAAAAUUUUCCACCUUUCGCCUGUAUUUCUGCAUUUAUAUGACUUCAUCUUAUGAAAAAGUGUGAAGAAAGCUAUGAUUGUACAGGAUAAUACAUGUUUUAAAAGGUUUUGUGUGACGCCAAGUCACAAGUUAGUGUUCGUCCGUUGUUGAACGCUUGACCAAGGUUUUUAGACACACUUAGAUCUAGCAAGUGACCUAGGAUAGCAAUCUUUCUCGUUAGCUCCUGGAAGAAUAUUUAAAAGCUGUGAUCUUCAGGAAAAAAAAUGGCG